AUGUCUCAGAAUAUGCUAUUAAGAAAGGUGCCUGUAAGACCCAGAAGCAGCACUGUUGGUGCCAUUACAAAUAACUACAUACAAAAUAAAAGGCAUGCAUACAGUUCCAACACCAGCUCCAGUACUAGUAACACAGCAUCAUCAUCGACAAAAAUAGAAUUGAUUUACCCCUGGCUUGAUUUACAGUUGAGGCCGUCGAAAGUUCAUAAAUGGAAGGCUACUAGCUCUGCAUUCACCACAAGCAACUUGGAGGGCCUAAAAACGGCUUUGGUAGCACUAUCUAAGACAGUAGCAGAUAGUGCUGAGGAAAAAUACCUAGAUGAUGAGCACUUCUACUAUGUAGACAUAGAUGUGCCAGAAGCAGGCUACGAAGGAAUAGAAGUAGAUAAGGAAUUAUACGAGUACUGGCAAAGUUUAUAG